UUUUCAGUCAGGCAGUCGGCUUCGCAAAAACCAAAACAGUGCACUUUUCCUUUUCCCUGCGUCUCGUCUUCGAUUGUUUUUCACGCGCAAGAAAACGCAAUGUUGUGAAGUCAUCAUUUUAUUUUUGUUCUGGCGAAUUUUGUAAGAAGCUGCGUUAUCCUUCGUCCUAUAGAAUGUCCGGUAAGAGAAUCAAGCAGUAGAUACAGCAGCAGAAAAUGAACGAACCGUCCCGCAGCAAAUUUGGCCCGCUGAUCGGAGUCCUAAGCGUGGGCCAUUCCAACUGUAAAUUCCUGAUUUAUGCGGCGCGAAACGCCGAAGUGCUGACCUGCCAUGAGGAACCACUGGAGGUCAUUUCCUCGCACUCGGGCUGGGUGGAAUUCGACCCGGCCCGGAUCUGGGCCAAAAUCCGGUGCUGCAUCGAGCGGGCGGUGCAGAAUCUGGAACUGCUGGAAAUCGAUCUGCGGGACAUGGUGGCCGUUGGGGUGUGCAAUCAGCGCGAAACCAGUGUCCUGUGGGAUCGGGUCGGAGGGGAGCCGUUAUGUAAUGCCAUCGGAUGGUGCGAUACGAGGACUUCUGGUUUGGUGGGAGGGUUGCUGACACGGGUCAAGGGGAAGAUUAACUUCCUGAAGGCGGUCUGUGGGCUGCCGUUGGCGAACUGUUUCAGCGCGGGGAAGAUCCGCUGGAUGUUGGACAAUGCCUCAGGAGAGGUUGAAGGCAAGGAAGUGCUGUUCGGGACGCUGGACAGUUGGGCCGUUUGGAAUUUGACCGGCGGGGUCAACGGAGGGAUUCACGUGACGGAUGUAACCAAUGCCUCGAGGACAAUGCUGAUGAAUCUGGCGGAUUUGCAAUGGGAUGACCGGCUGUGUCAUUUCUUCAGGAUUCCGAAGGACAUUUUGCCGCAGAUUCGGAGCUGCUCGGAGAUUUACGGGUACAUCAGCGAGGGACCGUUGAGGGGCAUUCCCAUUGCAAGCUGCAUGGGCGACCAGCAAGCGGCAUUGGUCGGACAAAUGUGUCUCAGCGCCGGCCAGCUGACCUGUAACGUCGACGAAGGAUCGUUCCUGCUGUUCAACACGGCUCAGGAAAUCAUCGACUCGGACAAUGGACUACUAUCGACGGUGGCCUUCAAACUGGGUCCGAAGGCGAAAACGUUUUACGCUUUGGAAGGUGCCAUUCCCCACGCGGGAAGUACUCUUAGUUGGUUGCACGACAAUCUACAGUUACCAAGCGAUUCCAAUCACAAUGGGUCGUUGACCCAGAGCUUCCUGGGUGAUCCGGGAGGGCCGUCGGCUCUGCUGUCUUCGGUCUGCUCGAUGAGUUCAUCGUUUGGGGCUCUCCAGAGCGAGGCCAGCAAGUUCAAGAACCCAAACUACGAAGUAAUUCUCGUACCGGCCUUCAGCGGUUACUACACGCCUUACUGGCGGUACAAAGCCCGGGGAAUGCUGUUCGGCCUGACGCUCCAAACUACGGCCCAGCAGAUCCUGUUCUCCGCCUACGAGGCCAUCUGCUUCCAGGUGCGCGAAGUUCUGGAAGCACUCACCAAAGACUGCCGAACUUGGCCGGCCAUUACGAAGCUGGUGGCCGGUGGGGAUCUCAGCGAGAAGCCAUUCCUGAUGCAGAUCCUUGCCGACCUGUGCGGGGUGAGCAUCGAGCGGCCACAAACCUCCACACCGGCUUGCCUCGGAACUAUGCUGGCCGCCGGUUUGGCCAUGGAGAUACUCACCCUGGACGAGUUCCGAGCGUGUUGCAUUCCGCCGACCGAUCAGUACUCGCCGGCCCUCAAUUCUAGUCAUCGAGAUAUGAAGUUCCGUAAGUGGAAAAUCGCAGUGGAUCGCUGUCUGAACUUCGACUCCGUCUCGGAGACGGACCUUUCCAAAUUCCAGCAGGAGGAACUGGAUCCGGAAUACUCGGUCCGUUGUUCGAUUCCCGGAGGGAUCUACAUAAUUUCCUCCUUCGCCCUGAUCGUACUGGCACAGAUUCUCCAGCAGAGUCGAUCGGCCUCCUAGUUCGUAUUACCCGUAACGCGGUUUAGGUUUUCUUCGUUCCUUUGUGAGACGUUCCACGAGACACACGAGAUAGAGGAAAUGUUCGCUUCUCGCCUUGUUGCUCCUCUUCGAAAACUAUGACACAAAACUACCAUUUUUUUUUAUUGUAGAUAUCUAGGAAAUUACGACGCUUUGCUUCUUACGCUGUGAGAGAGAAGCAGUUUAUCGAAAUACAUGUUGAACAUUGUUGCAA